GAAACCGAGAUUGCUGUCGACUGCAACCAUUUGCUAUGGAACUACAAGCUGAACCUGACAAUGGAUCCCAAGUUUGAGUCUGUGGCCAUGGACAUCUGCAAGAGUACUAUCACUGAGAUUAAGGAGUGUUCGGAGGAGGAGCGUGGUAAGGGUUACCUGGUGUCCUGCCUGGUGGAUCACCGUGGUAACAUCACAGAGUACCAGUGUCACCAGUACAUCACCAAGAUGACCUCUAUCGUCUUCUCAGACUACAGACUCAUCUGUGGCUUCAUGGACAAGUGUAGAGAGGACAUCAACACGCUACGCUGUGGAAGCAUCAACGUCGGAGAGAAGGACAUCCAUUCACAGGGUGAGGUCAUAGCGUGUCUGGAGAAAGCCUUAGUCCGAGAGGCGGAGCAACAGGACCAGGCUCAUCCAAUCAGAGAGGAGUGUAAGAAGAGCAUCAUGCGCGUAGCGGAGCUGUCGUCAGACGACUUCCACCUGGACAGAUUCCUGUACUUCUCCUGCCGAGAGGACCGAGAACGCUUCUGUGAAAACACCCAAGCAGGAGAGGGCAAGGUCUACAAGUGUCUCUUCAGCCACAAGUUUGAGGAGGCCAUGUCUGAGAAGUGUCGAGAGGCCCUGACUACGCGUCAGAAGCUGAUAACCCAGGACUACAAGGUUAGCUACUCUCUGACCAAGGCCUGUAAGGCCGACCUCAGGAAGCACCGCUGUAACCUGGACACCAACAUGCCCCGCGCUAGAGAGGCACGACUAUCAUAUCUGCUACUAUGCCUGGAGUCUGCUGUACACAGGGGUCGUACAGUGUCUGAGGACUGCCAGGGGGAGAUGUUGGAGUACCGGAGGAUGCUGAUAGAGGAUUUCUCUCUGAGUCCAGAAGUAGUGCUCCACUGUAGAGGGGAGAUCGAGACCCACUGCUCCGGACUCCACAGGAAGGGACGUACCCUGCAUUGUCUGAUGAGGGGGGGCCGUGGGGACAAGGGAAGCACAGUGGACGGACUCUGUCAGAGCGCGCUCCAGACCUUGAUCCUGUCAGCUGAUCCUGGAUCAGACUACAGGAUAGACCGGGCCCUGAACGAAGCCUGUGAGUCUGUUAUCCAGACGGCCUGCAAACACAUCCGCAGCGGGGACCCCAUGAUCCUGUCUUGCCUGAUGGAGCACCUGUAUACAGAGAAGAUGGUGGAGGACUGUGAACGCAGACUACUGGAGCUGCAGUACUUCAUCUCUAGAGACUGGAAACUGGACCCCAUCCUGUAUAAGAAGUGCCAGGGUGACGCUGCCCGGCUGUGCCACACCCACGGCUGGAAUGAGACCAGCGAGCUGAUGCCACCUGGUGCCGUGUUCUCGUGUCUCUAUCGCCAUGCCUACCGCACCGAGGAGCAGGGACGACGGCUGUCUCGUGACUGUAAGGUAGAGGUACAGAGGAUCCUCCACCAGAGGGCGCUAGAUGUGAAACUCGACCCUGAUCUCCAGAAGCGCUGUUUGACUGACCUGGGGAAGUGGUGUAGUGACAAGACUGGCACGGGACAGGAGUUGGAGUGUCUGCAGGACCACCUGGAAGACCUGCUGACAGGGUGUGGAGAGGUGGUGGGCAACCUGACAGAGCUGCAGUCUGAG